GGAUCGUCCACUUUUUGGCGCACAAUUAGGUACGCAUAAUUAUUCGCCUGGGUAUAAUUUCGCGCGUGGAGGAUCACAGGUUGCACGAGAGGUUCCUAAUCUCGGGAAGCGUCGCGACAAUAAUAAGAGUUUCUCGUUUGUUCGCCGAGGUGAAAGGCAAUGCCGUCCGACGCGAAGAAGAAGCAGCAGCAGAAGAAGAAGGAGGCCGCGAAGGCGAGGCAGUCCGGCAAGAAGCCGCAGAGCAAUAAUCAGACGCGGGCGGCCGAGGAUGGCAAGGAGCAGAGCCCGACGCUGGGGGAGAACUUGCAGAACGGCACCAACGGCACGGCUAUUAGCGCCGAAGAGGCAUUGUGUCUGAAAUUGGAGGAAGACGCCAGAUUGAAUGCAGAGGCACGUUCGUGCACAGGCUCGCUGGCCUCCCAUCCGCGCAGCCGGGACAUAAAGAUAUCUAACUUUUCUAUUACUUUCCAUGGCUGUGAACUGCUGCAAGACACUAUGUUGGAGUUGAAUUGUGGUAGACGUUAUGGUUUAUUAGGUCUAAAUGGCUCUGGGAAGUCUACGUUGUUGGCGGUGCUAGGUAAUCGUGAAGUUCCUAUCCCGGAGCAAAUAGAUAUUUUUCAUUUGACCAGAGAAAUGCCGGCGAGCAAUAAAACAGCACUGGAAUGCGUAAUGGAGGUUGAUGAGGAGCGUGUGCGAUUAGAGAAACUUGCCGAAGAGUUAGUAGACUGUGAUGAGGAAGAUGCUCAGGAACAACUUAUGGAUGUGUAUGAAAGAUUAGACGAUAUGGCCGCCGAUACGGCAGAGGCUCGUGCUGCCCAUAUUUUACAUGGUUUGGGUUUUACUGCAAAAAUGCAAAAAACUCCUACCAAAGACUUCUCAGGGGGUUGGCGGAUGCGCAUAGCUCUUGCUAGAGCACUAUAUGUAAAACCACAUUUGUUGUUGCUCGACGAACCAACCAAUCAUCUCGAUCUCGAUGCUUGCGUAUGGUUAGAAGAAGAACUCAAAACUUAUAAACGAAUUCUCGUUAUAAUCUCUCACUCCCAAGAUUUCCUGAAUGGUAUUUGCACCAAUAUCAUCCAUGUCAAUAAAAAGCAAUUGAAAUACUACACCGGUAAUUACGAGGCGUUUGUGAAAACAAGAAUGGAAUUACUUGAAAAUCAGGCAAAACAAUAUAACUGGGAACAAGAUCAGAUCGCACACAUGAAAAAUUAUAUCGCGCGAUUUGGUCAUGGCUCAGCAAAAUUAGCCAGGCAGGCUCAAUCGAAGGAAAAAACUUUGGCGAAAAUGGUAGCACAAGGUUUAACUGAAAAGGUUGUUAAUGACAAAGUACUGAAUUUCUAUUUUCCUUCAUGCGGAACAAUUCCGCCACCGGUUAUUAUGGUUCAGAACGUCAGUUUUCGUUACAAUGAAGACGCGCCUUGGAUUUACAAGAAUCUGGAAUUUGGAAUUGAUUUAGACACCAGAAUCGCAUUGGUUGGACCAAACGGGGCGGGAAAGAGCACUUUACUGAAGCUGCUGUAUGGUGAUUUAGUACCGACCAGCGGCAUGAUUCGUAAGAACAGCCAUCUCCGAAUUAGUAGAUACCAUCAACACUUGCAUGAGUUGCUGGACUUGGAUAUAUCGCCUCUCGAUUACAUGUUGAAGGCUUUUCCCGAAGUGAAAGAGCGCGAAGAAAUGCGGAAGAUUAUUGGCCGUUACGGACUAACUGGGCGUCAGCAAGUUUGUCCUAUUCGUCAACUGUCCGAUGGUCAACGUUGUCGCGUUGUGUUCGCCUGGCUGGCUUGGCAAGUGCCUCAUCUGUUGUUGCUCGACGAACCUACCAAUCACUUGGACAUGGAAACGAUCGAUGCACUCGCUGACGCUAUCAAUGACUUUGACGGUGGCAUGGUUCUUGUAUCGCAUGACUUCAGAUUGAUCAAUCAGGUCGCUGAAGAGAUCUGGGUGUGCGAGAAUGGAGCGGUUACAAAAUGGAGUGGCAACAUUUUAGAUUACAAGGAACACCUCAAGGACAAGGUUUUGUCCGACAACCAAAAACGACAGAAGGACUUGGCGAAUCGAGGAAAAUAAUGGAGGCAGCACUGCGAUCGCGAUCCGCUUCUCUCUUUCCAGUGCACCACGCCUUCGCAUUUAUAGGAAUCCUUUUUCUGAAAAUUGUAACAUGCUAAUCGGCACUGUGCACUAUGCUGCUAUGCCUUGCGUGUCAGUGAUCGAUCAGAUUAUUUACUAGUUAAUUUAUUGAAGUAUUAGAUCGAAAUUGAUUCUUUUACUUGACAACCUACAGGUUGUGUUGUAACGCAUUACUCAACCACGAUAGGAAUCUAGAAAUUUGAAAAUUUGUGCAUAUUGCAAGAGAGUACAGAUUAAAUAAAUCGCCGACAAACUAUUUAUAAUAAGUACAUAUAUCUAUAUAAAAAGAGAGAGGACGAAAGAAUUUAGUUAUUUCUCUUUAACGAUUAUCUUUAUUAUAAACUCCUGUGACUAAUAUAAAACAAUUUGAUUAUCUUCAGGAAUAUAAAAUAUUGUAAUGUGUACAAACAUUAUCGCAGGUACGAUCGAUUAUAUAGUCCCAAAAUACAUUUUUAUUCGUA